CCGACGUCGACAGCCGACUGCCGGGCGCCGCGCCGACACCCGACAGUCGUGCGACGUUGCCGCGGAUAUCGGUUGCCCGCUGCCAUGACAUUCUCUACACCUGAGAGAUUCGAUAAGAAGUUAUUGCAACUUGUCAAAGAGAAUCCGGUUCUCUACGACCACAAUCAUGCUAAAUAUAUGGACUUUAACUCAAGGGAAGUCGCCUGGCAAAAGAUCGGAGACGAGCUCAAACGACCUGCUGCUGAUUGUAAAGUGAGAUGGGUAAAUAUAAGGGAUGUGUACAGACGUAUUUUGAAACAAAAAAUUAAUAAACGAGGUCAGAAGAAAUCAUACAAAUAUGAGAGGGAAAUGUCAUUUAUGCGACCUUAUUAUAAAGAUAUCAAAAUAGUGAUUGAAAAAGCAGAAACAGAUGAAGAAUGUGAUCAAAACGACGAAGCUGACAACGACGAUCGGUGCAGUGCUUACUCCGACGAACCUAUCUUAAGACCGAAAAUUGAGAAAGUAUCUAAACGAGAAAGUAAAAGGAAGAAACAUAUGAAAGAGUUUGUGGAUGUGGAGGAUACUGUAAUGCAUUCGUACAACGAGCCGGGCAUUCAGACCGAGUUUGAUUCAUCAGAUCCAGUCGACGCUUUUCUUCUGAGCAUCGGUGCAACAUUGAAGUCGUUCUCACCUUAUCAUUUGAAUGUUGCGAAAAGUAAAAUAUUCUCAAUAGUGCAAGAACAUGACUUGCAACAGAUAGUACAGAAACAACAAGGCAAUGAAAUUGGACCUCAAGAAACAAAAAUGAUAUCAUCUUCAGAAAUAUUUAUGCAAUAAAAUUUAAAUUAAGCAUCUAUUAUAUUUUAAGAAAGGCUUACUUAAACUCUAUUUCAUCAUUAGUAUAGAAAUUUUUAAGUUGUAAUUUAAGUCUUUACUUCACAUAUUAACUGUAUAGUAUUGAGAAUCAAGAAUAAAAAAACUACAAUAUUAUCCCCAAAGAUAUUCAAUACGAUAGAUUGUAUAGAUGACUUUAUGAAAUAUCAAAUAUCAUUUAAUUACGAGAACAGUUUUUAAGCUUCAUCAUUACUUGUAAAAGAUAGCACUAGCCUAAUUAGAUUGUUGAGAUGUAGAGAGGCUGGAGAGGGACUUUCGAUCAAACUUUUUGUUAUAAUUUAUUUAUACCACAUAACAAUUAUAAGGGACACAAAAUUUUCAUUGUACCUAAAAUAUAGAAUAAUGUGUGAAAUACCUACCUAAUAAAUAAUAGUUUGUUAAUAAAA